CCCAGAGGUCAUUAUUAUGCAAUCAUUCUAAGAUGGCGGCUUCGUUUGGAAGAGUUCUUCGACAAUCUCUUGUCCUUUCACAGCAAAGACUAGCAAGUAGAGCUUCUGCUUCGAUACUUGCUAGAAGAUACGUUAGCAAUGGAAAGGAACAGACCAAAGCUAAACACGAAACUGUUUCUAUCACUUUUGUUGACCGUGACGGGGACAGACAGACAGUCAAGGCCAAGGUUGGUGACUCACUCUUAGAUGUAGCCAAGGACAAUGAUGUGGACCUUGAAGGAGCAUGUGAAGGCACUCUGUCCUGCUCCACAUGUCAUCUGAUCUUUGAUGCUAAAGAGAUGGAGAAACUAAACCUUGAUGAACCUACAGACGAGGAGUUAGACAUGCUUGAUCUUGCCUAUGGGCUGACAGACACGUCUCGUCUUGGAUGCCAAAUCACUGUCAGCAAAUCAUUUGAGGGGAUCACAUUAUCUAUUCCGCAAGCACGUGAUGCAAGAGAUUUAUGAUUAACUCAAUUUGGUAUGACAGUAUGAUAUGCUACCGUGGCCACCUUGGCAGUUUUGUAAGUUAGCAAGAUAUCUGCUACUGUAUCUGAAACAUCUAGUUGUAAAGCUUGUGUCAAUCAAAUCUGCAAUUCUCUGCCUGCUAUUGGCUGAUAUUCUUUAAAUGUUGUCUUGUUGGCAACGGUAUCAUUCAUCAAUGUGUCUAGUUCACGUUUCAUGGCCUGGAACCAGAAACAAGCCUCUUUAGAUAGCCAUUUUUAUUUUUAUUUUUUUGUGAAGUUUCAUACUACGCUUUCAAUCAACAUUCAAAUAAAGACCUUCAAUUUUA